AUGGCUCCGAAUCGGCCAAACCCGCUCGCUUCCCAAACAGGAAAUGCCCCUAAGGCUCGUGUACCCUACUACAACGCGGAAGCAGUUUUUCAACUCCUACGUGGUCUCCCUCGCACCGGGUCCUGGCCCCAGUUCAAGGCACUUCUCACCAUCACCCUUCCUACUGGAGCCUCACCUAUUCCUACUGCGACCACAACUUCCCCGCUUCCUCCCUCCCCUUCCGUGUUCGAUAUAUGCGUCACCCGCAUCUCCUCAGAAGCUGCACGCCAGCUAGAUGAGCUUGCUCUAGCAGGUGGUGCACCAGGUUCCGAAUAUGCGAACGCUGCGACUGCCGCUCCCACCUCCACGGGGAACGUGAAUUCCAUCACGGGGUUAUGCAAACACCGUCACAAUCCUGAGGGGGUGUUCUGCACUACUGUGGGCUGCAACCAAGGCGACCAUGAUCACGCACACUGCUACGCGAAAGGCGGCGGGAUGGAGGGCCAAGCCCCAUGGAUGAAAAACAAGGAUAAAUGGCGAGAGAUGGCCACAGCUGUAGUUGCCCCUCUCCCAGUUGCAACACCAGCAAUCCCAGCAACCUCUUCAUCCUCUACCAUUGCCGCGUUUGCAGGAACUGAGGCUGCUGCACAGACUUUCCUAGCCGAUCUUUCUUGCGCAUCCAUUACCGAACUGGCAGAUCCUGGCGGGACACUCACUGCUGCGGAGAUGGCGGCCAUUUCCUGUGUUGUUGCAGCUGGCUUCAACACCAUUCUUGACUCGGGCACUACCACGACCCUCAUCCAAGAUCAUUCCUAUUUUUGGACGUAUUCUACCGCCGAUGCUGUCACUGUACGUACUGCUAAUCAUGGCAGCCUGACGACAUCUGGUCGAGGCGAUUGUGUGGCAAUCCUUACGAUUGGGGGACGUAAACAUUGUGUUUGGCUCUCCAAUUGCCUACACGCCCCCUCCGCCAUGUUGAAUCUCCUUUCUGUGGGCUGGAUGCUUGGGAAGGGGUGGGAUUGUAUGUUCCGGGCUUCGCCUCCUCGUUGCGAACUCGCCUACAGAGGAAUGGGAUUGGGAGCGAUUCCCAUGGCCAACAACUUGUGCUAUAUCAACCUGGAGUUUCUUCCCGCACCUUCUCCUCAGCCAGCUAGUAGCAUCCCACCGUCUCCUCCCGAGUUAUCUGCAUUCACUCACAUCGCUCCCACCCUGGAUUUGUGGCAUGCCCGUCUUGGCCACGUCGGUGGCGCUGCCGCUCUGCGUUAUCCAAGUGCAAAUCUUGCAUCAUGGGGAAACACCCACGUCGCCCUCAUCCGCCCUCGGACACUCCUCGUGCAGCACGAUUUCUCGACCUCAUUCACUCUGACGUUUGCGGACCGAUUCCCGUGCUCACUCCUCACAACAAGCGAUACUUCAUUGUGUUCCUUGACGAUCACACAGGCGUCUUGA